GCGGUGUGGACCACGGUGCUGCCACAGUAACAUGGCGGUCUGUUGUAAGCAAAAUGUGGCUUUCAGCUCCAUGAACCGGAGGAAACAACACGGGAGAUGUUUGUAGUUCACCUUCCGUGAAAGAAAGCCGGCAGGAUUCACAUGUCGGUCUGGUAUCUGGGGCUCCGGUGAUCCUCCACCGUGUCGCUGCCGGUAGCGGAGUUUGGGAUUCGAUCCCGGGUGGCGGGAGUCCAGCUUCUCGUAAUCGGUACGAGGUCUCUCAGCCUUCGCCACCGGGGAAGAAGCCGUGGAACCACACAGCAGCAAAAGCAGAGUGAGGAGAAACUUUCUCUACACAUGAGGAGGCGUCUAACAAGACAACGGCAGCAGCAGAAACCCAGAGCUGAUGGAUCCCACUGCCUCUGGACAAGAGCAAGAGAAGCCGUCAGAGCAAAGUGGGGAUUUACCGCCCAGCUCAAGAGGACGACAACGAAAGAAAAAUCCCAAGUAUUUUGAUUAUGAAACUGAUGACGUACCUGUUGAAAAACAAAAAACACCUAGAAGGAGGUCAGGAAGAGAAAGAGCAGCUUCUCAAAAGACAUCAGCAAAGAGGGGAAAAGCUAAAACUGCCACUCAACAGACUGCAGAUGAGGCAAAAGAAGCAACGGACAAAACACCUCCAGAGGUAGUUGACGAGACUGAAGCAGAGACGCCUAAAAAACAAGGUAAACCUCGGAAAACGCCUUCAAAAAGGACCCCUGCUAAAAAAACUCCUACCACAAAAACUCCGGCCAGAAAACCUCCCGCUACCGAUGGAGACCUCACAUCUGGAGAGGUUGUAGUUCAGGACAGUGUGCAGCAAGAAAACGGGCCACCGAAACCAAAGAGAAAAUAUGUCAGGAAGCAGCCUGUACAGAACGUGGAACCAGUUAAAGAUCCACCAAGUGAGAAUAACACAGAAGAACAUGAGGAGGUCGGAUCAGGUGGCCGACGCCGGAGAGGAGCUGCCAAAGCGGCGCUGAAGUACCUCCAGAUUUUGGCUAAAGAGGUCCUUAGUCACCCCAGCGAUGAGCCCGACUCCCAGCCAUCUGCCGACGGUGAAGACUCCAACGCAGAGCAGAAAAGUUCCAAAGAACACAAAGGGCGUAGAGGCAGAAAAAGGAUACAUUUUGACAGUGAUGCUGCAGAAGAUGAAGACUUUGUUCCAGAUAUUGAAGAAGAAGAAGAGGAGGUUGAAGAGGUGGGAGAUGAAGAAGAAUCAGAGGAGUCACAUUCAGACUCAGAUCUGGACCUGGGAACACGUGGAAGAAGUCCAGCAGUUUUUUAUGACAAGAACAAUAUAUGCUCGUAUCCCCAACCUCUGAACGGACUCACCAUUGGCAUCAUGAAGCCAGUCUGGGACUUCACUGAGGCGAUCAAGAAGUUCCGUGAAGAGCACUACAGCAGCUGGGUGUUUCCAGAGUGGGUCCCCUCCACCAGUGACUGGGACCUUGUGCCACAAAGUGAUUUGGAAACAUACCUCCCUCAGGAGGUUCACUCAGCUGCUUUCAGUGUGUCCAGAGAAGGUCUCAAGAAGAAAGAGAUGCCUCCGCAAAGACUCAGCAGAUUUGAGGCGCUGCCACCUCACCCAGAACGUUGGGACAUGUUGUUGUAUGCAGGCGGACCGGUCUGGGCCCUGGAGUGGUGUCCGACACCCGAUGGUGCUAUUGCAACGCAGUACAUUGCUCUGGCCUGCCAUCGAGGGAUGGAUGACUUGCACUACGCUAAUAAGACUUGUACAGGUUCUGGACUUGUUCAGCUGUGGGACGUGAGCAAAUUGGAAUACGACAGCAGACCGGACUCCCAGCCUGUCCUGGCCUAUGGUUUAGCCCAGGACAAUGGCGUCGUAUGGCAUAUAAAGUGGUGUCCUGCAGGAGGCUGGGAGCUUCCCAACUGUGUCAGAAAGGCUCCUUUCCUGCCCAGACUGGGUCUUCUGGCUGUAGCCACCUCCAACUGUGUGGUCACCAUUUACAGCCUGCCCCACCCGGAUGCUCUGCACUCCAGCCAGAAGCUAGCUAACUCAGGAACAGAUAGCGAAAAACCAAGAAUAUACAAGGCACAAGGAGUACUAACUUUGAGGCUGGGCUCCUUCAAAGCUCCUCGCCAUGAAAUGAGUGGACUAAUUAUGUCUAUGGAUUGGCUGCCUGAAAAGCCAUACAAUAUAAUGGCUGUUGGAUUCUAUGAUGGUGUAGUAGGUCUAUGGGAUCUAUCAACGAAGUCUGCGCUGUUGCGAGUGCGAGAGUCGGACGAGUCACUGAGUCUGCUGCCGUAUCGGUGCCUACUUGCUCAUGACCAUGCAGUCAGAGCCCUGGCCUUCUGUCCUGCCUCCAGGCACCUGUUGGUGACAGCAGGUGAAGAUCGCUAUGUGAAGACGUGGGAUCUGAGGAGGCUCUUCGAUCCCAUCACUGUCCAGAAACGCUAUGUCACCAAUGAAGUCUACUGGCCAUUGAACGCACCGGGGCUCCUGCCGGCCCAGGAGAACGCCUAUGUUACGAAAGGUUUACAUGGAGUCCACUACAUCGACCACCACAUGCGCUCCCUCAUGACAAUUCCUCGGACUGCCACUCUCUGGUCCAUACAUUACAGUGACUGGUUAAACAGUGUGUUGACGUCAGACUGCCAUGGAGACGUGAUUUUCUCGAUGUUACCUCAGAUAAACUACACUCUACCCUACCUCAAACGCACGAUAGAGAGACGAUUUCCUGUUUACCUCACAUCUGUGGUGCCUUGUAAUGAAACUGAAGAAGAAAAUCACACUGGAACAGCAGCGGAGGAGGAGGGAGAUGUUGUUGAAGUAGAAGGAGACACAGAAGAAGCAAAUGCUACUCCUGAAGGAGGAAAUGGAAACAAUAAUGAAAAAGGAAGAGUUAGAAAGGAUAAAAGUCCUGCUGUGCGGUUCCCUACAUAUAAAGAGGCUGUGAAGAACCACUACCUCCACCACGAAGAUAACGACAUGCGGAGCUUCAAAGGCAGUGAGAAGCGAGCUGUGUGGAAACGCAUGAAAGACACAGAAGUGAAGUCAAACAUGACCCUAACCCUGGAUGAGAUGCCUCUGGCUGCAUUACAUAAGGUGCGUUUCAACCCCAACAUGAGCUGCCAUAUCUGGGUUGUGUCCGGCGGCCAGUCAGGGCUGGUCAGACUGCACUGUUUGAGAGGAAUGAUUGCCCCUCAUGUCAAGAAGAUGGUUGUUGACACCCAGGCCCAGUUCAACACUCUGUAUUCACCCCAAGACCAGAGGGAGGCAGCCCCAACAGAGACAGAGCAGCUAUAGCAGGAGCUGGACAGUGUCUCACACUGUCACCCAACAGACUGCAGCUGUUAGGCAAAAAACACAGACCUGCAAAAAAAUUAGCUCUGAUAAGUGAAAACAAUAUUCAUUUCUCAUUCGUAUGCAUUUAUGUAUGUUAAAAACUAGUGAUGUCAAGCCAUGUAGGUACUUCUAGCUUUCUCUGUCCAGGUUUUGAUGCAUCUGUCUUUGAGAUGUUUACCUCCAGAUUAGAACAAAGGUGAAGACCAUUUUAUUUGUGUCUUGAUGUCUAAAAUCCUGGCAAGUAAAACUGCAAAGUAAAGACAUGGCUGGAUAUCACUGGAGGUUUUUAUCAUGUUUCCAGUGUCCAACAGCCAUUAGUUUAUUUUAGCUUUAAAUUGUGGUGGGAGCUGUGUCUGAGAAGAGUCUGAAGCAGGACUUUUCCUCCUGUGACCUCAACACAACCAGAAUCUAAUGAACUCAACACUGUUUACAACAGGUGUGUCAGCUGAGAUUUACCCAUCUUCUCUGUUGUGACAGUGACAGUUGAUUUCUUUGCAUCCAAGAAGCUCCAGCAGCUGGUAGUUAGUGCCUUGUUUGGUUGUUUUUGACCAGAAAUAGAAAUUAUUUUCUUUUGUUGUGUCUGAUAUCUCACAUUUUGUAAAGACAGGAUAUGGGUUAGAUGAACAGUUUGUUUUGCGUCUGGUUACAUUCUGAUAAAUAUCCAGAUUUUCUAACAUAACAGAACCUCUGUUUCAGACUUCAGAAACAGUGAUUCUGUCCUUUAAGUUACUCUUAGCAAACCCUUUCAACAUACCAGCAUGCAAUCAAGUCUGAAAUAACUUAUCUUUGUAAAUGUGUUGCUGGAUACAAAGUGGAAGAUAUAAAGGACUGAUUUGCAAAAUGUGAGAAACUGGAUCGAUCUAAAAAUAAAACCUAAAAUAUUGAAUGUUUAUUUUUUGCAUCUGCAACUAUGUAAUUUUGGAAGCAGUAAGACAUUCCAUCACAGUUUGUUAAUUUAUGUUUUCAGAUUUCUUGGCCUUUGUUGCAAGAGUGUUCAAAAGAAAGCUUGGAUAUUCUCUGAGAGUAAAGUGUUCAAUUUUUAAGAAAAAGAUGACAAAUUUACAAGAAAAAAACAUAAAUGUUCAGUGAAAUUACAGUCAAAGCAACAAAAAAAUUAGGAGAACAGUGUUUAUGGGUGGGUUUUUUUGGUAGGUCACUUCAUUUUGCAAGGUUAGAUCAACCUCACCACACCACAGAUGCUGCACCUUGUCAUGUAUUUGCCUGAAAUGGAUCUAAUCAAAUUCUGCUCUUUAGUCAAAUUUAGCAGUAAUAAAAUACUUGUCAUUAGCCCAGAAUCGCCACAUUCUAAACAUCCAGACUUUCAGAAGACUUUGCCUUUAAUUAGGCGUGUUGAAAAGAAAACAAUUUAUUGAUUUGGAUGUGGUGAAGACUUUUAAACAUCAGGAACUACAACACAAUAGACGGCCUUCUUUCAUCAACCAGUGCAUGUGGCAUUCAGUGCCAGGUUACAACCUUAUUUUACGAGCUUCUAAACUAGCAAAGUUAAGUGAUGCAGUUCCAGAAAUGUGACUCUUUCCUCUGAGAAGUUUUUCUCUUGUAAAGACCCCAAUACAUAGUCAUAUAAUACAGUUUUUUCUUUCACACUUGAAGAUACACUUCUUUAUUUUGUUAUCGUCAACACAAGCUGGGUCUAAACUCAUUUUUGCUGCUGUUUCUUUAUCCCGUUAAGAGAACUACUCAGGCUAUAAAUUUGAGGAAAUACUUGAAUUUUUUGUAUCUUUGCUGGAUGUAUUGUAGAUUCUUUCCUUACCUGUUGAACAUAUUCUACUGUUGUUGUUCUCUGAUGCUUCAAAUAAUUGUUUUUUGUUUUGUUUUGAUUUUUUAGCUUUUACCAAUUCAGCAUUGUAGCACAACCUAAUUUAUAUUUCAGUGUCUACAUGGAAAAAAUGGAAAUUAUAACAGGAAGAAAUCUGUUUCUUUACACACAUUUUAAGUUCAAUUAAGGGUUUUAAAGUGUGCUCUUUUUUCUGUUAUUUCCAAAUGUCAUUGACAAUCUCAGUGUCUUCAGCCAUGAACAAACUGAGGUAGAUAUUCAUGAAUUUUAAUUCAUAAUUGUGUCAAAAUGUACAUCACAUGCUCUCUGUUGCUGUUUUUGAAAUGUUCCAUAUAAUAAAUGUAAUAAAAUAAGCCUCAAUCCAAA